AUGCGAGUGCAUGUCAGUGCAUCAUGCUGGAUGAGGGCAAGGAAACAGUGCAAUGCAAGGAAAGAUGUCCACAUUACAUUUUGGAUGAUCCCUAAAAGGUGUCCAAACAAAAGGCUGAAUGAGUUGCUCAGAUCUUCUCAGGAGAAGGGCUAUGUUGUGGAGAAGCUUGCAGAGGGGAAACCUGCGGCUGAGGCUGGCGUGGAUUCUGGCUGGCGCGUGGUGCGAGUGGCUGGCCAGGACUGUAGUGAGAAGUCCUCAGCAGACAUUCAAGGGCCUGUGGAAGUGCAAUUCCAAAAGCCAGAAGAGGAGGCCUUGCCCAGCAGUGAAGAGGAUGAGAACAACAUCCAAAAUGUGCGUGCAGAUCAUCGACGACAACAUGAGGCGUCCUUGUCCAACAUCGAUGAUUUGCCCGUGGAACGAGAUCCCAGUGAUCUGCACGCGGCCGGUCUCAAACGUCCCACGCUCAUCCAGCGCCAUGCCGUGCCCAUCGUGGGGCACAAGGAACACUAUGACCUUGUAGCACAAGCACAAACAGGUUCGGGGAAGACGUUCGCCUUCGUGAUCCCAACGAUCGCUCGUUUACUGCUGCGUGGCUGCCCUCCACGGCCCUUCUUCCCGGGGCCCACAGCGCAGGGCUGCCCCGUGGUGCUGGUCCUCUCGCCCACUCGGGAGCUGGCCAUCCAGACCUGUAGCGAGAUGGAAGUCCUCACCAAGGGGAUGAGCAUCUACGGUGGAGAGACCAUCAAAGAAACGGCCAAGCGAGUGGAAACAGCUCCCAUUGACAUCAUUUGUGCUACACCUGGUCGGCUCAUUGCUCUACUGGAUGAGACCAAGAUUUCCUUGGCCUACGUGCAGACGGUGAUUCUGGAUGAAGCUGAUCAGAUGCUUGAGCAACGUCUUGAGAUCAUGUGUGCAGACAUCCUUGUGGGCAGAGACAUGCCGGCGCCCAGCUCGGGCCGCCAAACCUUGCUCUUCAGCGCGACCAUCCCACAGAAGAUCCGGGACAUGUGCCCACAGAUUUUGCGGGAGAAGCGAAGGGCCAAUCUCACCAUCGGCUUCUACGAUGACGACAAGGGUGGUUCUUGUGAAAGCAUCACCCAGCUCCUCCGGUGGUCUCCGGAUGAGAAGCAGCGCAUCGGGGAGCUGAUCCGGGACCUCCGCACCGUGUGGGAUCGGACGAAGGGCCGUGUGGUGAUCUUCUCGAAUCUCCGCUUGACAGCAGACUCCCUGGCGCAUCAACUGCAGCGGGAGGGGAUGACCUGUCGGCAUCUCCAUGGGAAGCUGGACCAGGAAGUUCGAGAGAAGGUCUUUGAUGGAUUUCGACGAGGGGAUUUCGACAUCUUGGUCGCCACUAACGUCGCGUCCAGAGGCUUGGACUUUCCAGACGUCUCCCUGGUGGUUCAGUUCAACCUUCCGGACAAUAUUGACGUCUACACCCACCGUUCUCCGGCAAUCGUCGCGCGUGCCGGCGGAGAUGAAUCGCAGACGCAGAGAGCAAGCAUUUGGAAGGCAUAA